UUACAAUUAGUACAAUAUUCAUGUUAUGUUCACGAUAAUGAAUACGAGGUGCAUUCAUUAUCAAAAUUUCCACAGGUGGAGACUGUUAUGACCUGGAUGUGUCUUUAGCAAGUUGAUAGACACUUUCUGCUUCUAAGUUUCAUGAGCAAGUAAUUUAUAUUGUGUAAAAUAUUACGCAAACAAAUAUAUUGUUUAUCAGAACAAUGAGAUAAACUAUGGGAUACUCGCAAAAGACCAGCGAGCCGGCCUUGGAUCACGCAAUUGCGGGAGCUGCUGGUGGAUUUAUAACAAGAUUCCUGUGUCAACCUUUAGACGUUAUAAAAAUUAGAUUUCAACUUCAAGUUGAACCUAUUUCAAAGCAUGAUGUCAGCAAAUAUAAAUCAGUACUACAAGCUUUUGUAUUAAUUCCAAGGGAAGAAGGUAUCUCUGCUUUGUGGAAGGGCCAUGUACCCGCACAAUUACUUUCGAUUGUCUAUGGUAUGGUGCAGUUUUACUCCUACAACGUAUGCAUGAAAAUGAUGCAAAGAGAACCAGGAAUGAAGAGAUGGAAUCAUUCAAUGCACUUUAUUGCUGGGGCUAGCGCUGGAAGUAUAGCGACAAUCGUUUCAUUUCCCUUCGAUACCAUAAGGACUAGAUUAGUAGCUCAGUCAAAUAAUCGUCAAAUAUACAAUGGCGUGUUGCACUCCUGUAGCAUGAUUCUGCGACAAGAAUCGCCGAGGGUCUUCUUUUCCGGUCUGUUACCGACUCUACUACAGAUUGCACCGCACACUGGUCUACAGUUCGCUUUCUACGCGUUCUUUACCGAUUUCUAUAGGAAACACACUUCUGGUACUGAAAAAACUAGUGUCUAUAAUUCCAUACUGUCUGGUAGCGCGGCUGGAUUAAUAGCAAAAACGAUAGUGUACCCGUUUGAUCUUACGAGAAAGAGACUGCAGAUACAGGGCUUCCAACGCGGACGUGUAGGGUUCGGCAAGUUUUUCCAGUGCAAUGGAUUACUCGAUUGUUUGAGGGUGACUGUAAGAGAAGAGGGAGUGCGAGGUCUGUUCAAAGGUUUAGUGCCGAGUCAAGUAAAAGCCGCCGCGACUACGGCUCUGCAUUUUACCGUCUACGAACAAGUUUUGUUGCUGUUGAAAAUAUUGCGGUAAUAUUUUAAAACAGAUUCAUCCUGUGCAUGUACAAAUCCAGGUUUUAGUAACAAAUUGAUUUGUUGAUUUAUCACAUCUAGUACGUUAUGUAAAUUAUACACAGUACUUUAUGAGAAAACCUAAUUUAAACUUAUUCUUAAAAUAUAUUUAUAAAUUAUAUAAGUGUAAUAAAAGAAUUUUAUAAAUUGUUGAG